AUGGUUAACCAAUGCAUCGAGAAGGCUGACAAGAACUUGGUGGACAAGAUGGCAAGGCAAGCACUGAAGAACGAGGUCAAAGAACAAAUGGAGGUCCUGCAAGCAAUUCCUUGCUACGGAACAGAUAACCCCCUCCACCUCACGGUGUCUGUUUCUCUCGGAUCGCCAUCGUCUUGUCGCGCCCUCGUCCGCACGCGUGGACACGACUCCCCGCCGCGCCUCCCCUUCGCCGUCCCGCUGUGGUCCCUCGGCUGCGUCAUGGCAGAGCUCGUCGAUGGGGGCGCUCCGUUCCAGGGCAUCGACUACGAGGACCUGCUCUGUGAGAUCUUCGGCGUGCUCGGCAACUGUCCGAGGGCAUCGAAGCCAUCCGAGGAAGGAUUUGAGGUCCUAAGCGACCUCCUCACAUGCAACCCCGACAAGAGGCUCACGGCAGCCGCGACGAUCAAGCAUUCGUGGUUCUCCAAGAUCCAACCACAGGAGGUGCCACAGAAAGAAGAAGCUGUUUCGCCGUUGCCCAAGAGGCCCAGGCGGCAUGCUGUGUGCGCAACUUAG